CAGCCCGGAACUCGGAGGAGAACGGUAUCGGUCGCGGCGGUCGUCGUGGGGGUUUCUGUUAUAGUUGGGGUCUUGAGGUCAGACCUCACGUGGAACCGGCAUCAAUAUGAUGAGCGGACGGCCGGGCCACGAGCCCUUGACAUUCCUGCCUGAUGAGUCCCGGAGUCUGCCCCCACCCAAGCUCAACGACCCGCGGCUUGUCUACACCGGCUUCCUGGGCUACUGCGCCGGCCUGCUGAAUAACGCGUUGCGGAUGAGGCCUGUGUUCAAAGCAGGUUUGCAUCGCCAACUUCUAUAUGUUACUUCCUUUUAUUUUGUUGGAUAUUUUGUUUUAAAACGUCAAGAGUAUUUGUUUGCAGUGAGGGACCAUGACAUGUUUGGGUAUAUGAAAUUACAUCCAGAAGAUUUUCCUGAAAAAGAGAAGAAAACUUAUGGUGAAAUCCUUGAGGUAUUCCAUCCAGUGCGUUGAAGUCUUCAAAGGCUCCUGUUCGCCACGACCUGAGUAUUUUCUGAAUUUUGUUGAAUAUCUCUGUGUGAGAGUUGAAGUUUAGGUUAAUCAGUGUAAUUAAAAUAGUUAAAAUA